AUGGCACCAACCAUCUCCUUCAUCCUCCUAACCAUCCAAAUCUACAUCCUAACCAGCACCAAACCAUGCAAUGGCAACACCCUCGUAACCAAAUUCUCCACCCUCCUCAUCUUUGGUGACUCAACAGUAGACACAGGCAACAACAACUACAUAAAAUCCCUAAUGAAAAGCAACCACCGGCCCUACGGCCAGGACUUCCCCGGCCAGGUUGCCACGGGACGAUUUUCAAAUGGAAAACUCGUCCCAGACUUCGUGGCCACCAUGUUGGGAAUCAAGGACAUUGUUCCUCCAUUCCUCGACCCAAACCUAUCGGAUGAGGAACUGAGGACAGGUGUCAGCUUUGCAUCGGCUGGAUCGGGAUACGAUGAUGUUACUUCGGAUGUGACUCUUUCUAUCCCUGUGUCCAAACAGCCUGGUUACCUUCGGAGUUAUGUGGAGAGGUUGAAGGAGAGUUUAGGGGAAAAGGAAGCAAUGAAUAUUACUAAUGGUGCUUUGGUGAUUGUUAGUGCAGGGACUAAUGACUUUGUUUUUAAUUUCUAUGACAUACCCACAAGAAGGAUUACCUUCAACAUUAGUGAGUACCAUGACUUUGUGCUCAAUAAUUUACAGAAGUUUGUUCAGGAACUGUACAAAAUAGGGUGUAGAACAAUGGUUGUAGCUGGGCUACCUCCAAUUGGUUGUAUCCCAAUCCAAAUGACCGCAAAACUUCAGAUUCACAGAAAAUGCAUAGAUCACCAGAAUUCAGAUGCUCAAUCUUAUAAUGCCAAGCUUUCAAAUUUGUUACCUCAAUUGCAAUCUUCUCUUCCUGGGAGCAAAAUUAUCUAUGCAGAUAUAUACACACCGUUGGAUGACAUGAUGAAAAAUCCACAAAAAUAUGGGCUCAAUGAAACUCGAAAAGGGUGUUGCGGGAGUGGAUUGAUAGAAGCAGCAUUCCUUUGUUCUCCCAUCACUCCGGUGUGUCACUCUGCUUCCAAUCACUUGUUUUGGGAUAGUGUUCAUCCCAGUGAAUCCGGCUACAACCACCUUUCCCAAUCCCUCGCCGCUGCAAUCAUUGGCCAGCUCUUUUGA